AUGUGUGGUGGUCGCGGCGGUCAGAGCCACAUAGCGCAUACAGCUGCCGCGAAGGCAGCAGACACAGGACAGGGGAGGGAGGGAAAGGCGUGGGAUCAGCAGCAGCAGUACCAGCGGGUGCUCAUCCCCCCCCGCCGGGGCCUCCGAAUGGGACAACAGCGGCAGCAGCAACAGCAGCAGCACCCGGAGCAGCAGCAGCAGCAGCGGCAGCAGCAACAGCGUCAACCGCCGCCAGCAGCGGCGGCGGCGGGACUGCCACUGCCGCCGCCACUGUUGCUGCAGUCCUAUCGUACGUCCCCACCCCACCCUCAGCUGCGCGCCACCGCCGCCGCCGCCGGCGGCAGCAGUAGUUCCGCCGCAGCUGCCAGCUAUGGCAGCGGCAGCGGCGGCGGCGGACACUGGUCUACACGGCCGCCGGGCUUGUUCUUGCCACCGCCGCCACGUGCGCGACAAGUCGUGUCGCAUCCCAUCGUCCUAUCCAGACCGGACACCCCCGGAAGCUCCCCACCGCAUCAGCGACCGCCGCCACAGCUGCCGUUGUACCGCCUGCAUCCACGGGCCCUAUACGCUGAAGCUGAAUCGCUGCCUGACGAUGAGGGGGAGGCUGAACCAGGGCCGUCGGCGCCGCCACCACCGCCGACGCCGCUGCGCGUGCUCCGCGCCAUAGCUCCCGCUGGGCACACUGCGCCGCAUCCGUCGCGGGGGCCGCCGCCGCUGCCGCCGCCACCCAUGCCCAUACGGCUGCAAGAGGGUCCUUGGCGUGCGUUUGCAGGUCCCCGCCUUGCCGCACGUCCGCUGCGGCCCUUGCACCCACCGCCGGGGGCGGAGGCCGAUGUGCCGUACGAUCUGUCUUCACUGGCGGCCGACCCAGCGACCCCAUUGCGUAUGCGACGCCAUCCCUUCGCAUCAGCGGCGCCGUCGGCGGCACAGCCGCCGCCGCCACCGCGUACGGCAAUGGCACCCCCGACGUACGGCGCGCUACCGCCACCGCGCCAGCGCGGCAACAGCAUGCCAGGGCACUCGUACGUGGUGGCGGCGGCGCCGCCGCCAUGGAUAGAUCCACGGGUCCCACAACAGAGGCUUUCCUAUGGGCUGGGACGGCUGGUGGCGGGAGCGUUAGCGCCGCCGCCGCCAGCCUUCCCUGGACCUCACUUCCAGCCGCAGCGCCCGCAGCCGCACGUGCGCUCCCGUAGCUUCGACGACCCAGAGACAUCCCCCGCCGCGGCGGCGGCAGCGGCCGCUGCAUCGGCGGCUGCCGCCGCCGUCCAUCCUACCGCCACCGCCGCCAGUGAUCACUCUGAAGAAAGCGGCGGGGCGGGAUUCGAUGGAGAGGCCAGCACAGCAUCCCCCCCCAGCACAUCCGUACAACCCCCGGAGUCGAACAUCGAACAUCAAAGUAUCGAAGUCACAGUUGCUGUCCGAGUCCAGCGCGCCGCCGCCGCCGGCGGAGCUGCCGGCACCAGCAUUGGCGGCGUCGCCGCAGCCGUCGGCCGUACUUGGCCAGACGAUCCGCAGGCGCAGAGUCCGCAGCUGCAGAGUCAGGGCGCGGCUGCACCCGCCGAGCUACGCGCCGGCUACGCACCCGGGCCAGUACGAGGCCGGUUCGACGUGCCACGCUACUUGGCGGGUCGCGACUGCAUCUUUCAUAACGGCCGCUGGAUGUCUCGAUCGAAUUUCGAGCGGGUGGGUGGCAGCAAGAUGGCCAAGUGGUACCGGUCCAUCCGCGUGUUGCCUGAUUUGGAACCGCUGGGCGAGUGGCUGGAGCGCCACGGCAUGCCAGUUACCAAGGGACCCGCAAGACGCAGCAGCAAGCGUGCGGCAGCGGACAGCGGCGAUGAGCCAUCCCCCAUGGGUACAGCACCGGGACAGGCUGAAGCUGCCGCCGCCGCCGCCUCUGCCGCCACACGCGGCAGCUCCGACGCAGAUGACCCCCUCCUUGCGGCAUCCGAGUACGAUACCUUCGCCCGCCCAGCCCGAAUACCUGUAAGGCACGACAUCAGCGGUACGGCUGGCGCUGGCGGCGAGGCGUCUGGGGGCCUGGUGCAGCGCCUUCGGACAAUCUCGCCGCUGGUGACGGCGCCAGUACGACCAUCAGUACGCCCUACUCUGUUGACGUCGCCGCUGACGCCGCUGCCACUGCCGCAGCGAUUUAGCGGCGGUCCGAUGGAGGCGGGUGGCUUGUACGGCAUUCCUAUACGGCGUAUGGGUUCAGCCGCCGCCGCCGCCGCUGGUGCAGCCACUGGCAGUGGCGGCUACACGGUAGCGGAGCGUGAUUCAGGUGUUUCUGCAGGCGUGGCUUUUCCACAGCAACAACAGCAACAGCAACAAGGAGCAACGUCUGCGGAGGGUGUGGAGGACGCGGCUGCGGCUGCGGCUGCGGAGGAGGAAGAGGAAGAGGAGGUAGCCACGCUCAGGUGGUUGCGGCGGCAAGCGAGCCGUGCCGCAGCGGCAGCCUCCGCUGCAAGCCACGAGCCUGCAGCUGCAGCAUUAGGGCCUGUACGGCUAAGCUCAACGUUGCGGUCCGCCGGCGACCCGCCGUCGGAAGCGUCGACGGCGGUGCAGGUGGUGUUCAGGUGGCCGGCGCCGCCGCUACCAGAGGCAGCGGCGGCGGCAGCAACAGCCACCGCAGUAAUGGUGACGACUGAGCCGCCGCAGCCGCCGCAGCCGCUACCCCCAGAGGCGCCCGAGGUGCUCACCGCACUCACCGAGCAUCAGCGCUUCGCCAAACCUUCUCAACCGCGACACGCGACACGCGACGAUGACGCGGAUCCGUACUACUACCAGCAGGAACAGCUGCACAGCACUGAUCUCGGUGUAGAACCGCAGCCAGAACGGACGCUUCCGCCGCCGCCGCCACCGCCGCCGCCGCCACCGCCGCCGCACCGUCACCUUGCUAGCACAGGUGGCGGCGUCGCCGCCCUGGCGGCCCAGACUCUGCAUGAUGUAGCUGCGCAGCGGCAACAGGAUCCGCCGGCGCCGGGGCUUGCGUCAUCAGAGGGGCGCAUUUCGCCGACCCAGCAACUGCACGGUGACCCCACUGCCGCCGCCGCCGCUGCAGCGGAGGAGGCCGCCGUAUCGUACACAUACACCCGCAAGAGAGCAUCCUCAUUGACAGAUAUGCCGUACUAUCGUCCCGACCGUCGGCUGAUUACCUUGGAGCUCGAUACCGCGGCCGCGGCGCCCCACAGCGCUGAGAAUGUCAGCAGCAGCGCCGGCGGCAGCACUGCUGCUUCAGCUGCAGCGAUGGCGACGAUGGCGAUGAUGCCGCCAUUACCUUUGUGGCAGAAGCAUAGGUUCGUUGCGGAGCCCAGGUUGCCGACAUCGCACCAGCAGCAGCAGCAGCAGCAGCCAGCGGCGCCGGCGCCACCGCCGCUUCAGCCACUCCCGGAGGUUUUGGAGCAGCGGCAGGAGCAGCGGCAGGAGCAGGAGCAGGAGCUCAUGCAUUUGGGCCUGGAACGACACUUAGGCCGCUUAGCGCCGGAAUGGGAGUUGGAAGAAGAGCCGAUUUCGCAGCAGGAGGAGGAGGAGGAGGAGGCGGUGGAGGCGGAGGCAGCGGAUGCGAUUGGAGUUGUUGGGGAGGCGCUGGAGGCGCCGGACGUUGCGGAGCAGGUGUUGCAAUCGGGAAUCUACCUGUUUACUGUUGUCUCAGACCACGUUGUCUGA